UACGGUCCGUGUCUGAUACCCGUGUGGCCGCGCGCUCCACAAAACCUCGUCGCGGUUCUGGAGUCUGGACCAUUCCACCGCGCCGUCCGCCGGCGAUAGCAGCCACCGCCAAUGGCGGCCGCCGUCACGCCCAAAACACUUGAAGUCUUUACCGCCUACACUUUACAGUCCUCGCGCGGCUGCCUAUCCACAGCCCGGCGGCCCCUAACCUCGCCGCCCUAUGCCGACCUCCGCGCUCCUGCGGUCGCAUCCUCUCCUCGCCCCGGCGGUACCCGCAGCUGGACUCAGGCCACCAAGCCGGUUCUCCGUCCCCGGGCGGCUGCUGCGUCCUCCGCGGCGACCGCGGCAGAAGGCAUGUCUGACCCGGAGCUGAGGCUGGUGCUCGAGCUCGCCACCAACGAGGAGCUGCUGGAAUUCGAGGAGAUCCUCUAUGGUACCAGCUAUUUCAGUCCAUUAAUAAAAUCAAUUGCAAAAAGACCGAAUUCAGAUUCUGUUGUUGCUUUGGAUGAUAUCGAGGAGAGAGAUAUUUUCAUCUCAAAAUUAGAGUCGAGGUUCCUCUAUCUUGCUGCAGAUGCCCGCUCAAUUAUAAGGGGCUGGAGGCCAUCAUACAGGCAUGUCUUACUUCAAGUAAGGAGAAAACUCAGUGUUCGAUGCUCUAGUAAACUUUGUACUGCAGACCUUGAGGCAGAAAUAUUUCUUCACCUCCUGGAUGAAUAUUUGAGCCAUCAGAAAGGAUCACUCUCAUUUCCAUGGGAUAAACAGAAAUCUGCAAAAGAAAACUCCAGCCUAGGGUUAAAUAACUGGAAGGUUCUUACAGAUGCUGCUUGGAGAAUUGGAGCGAAGGGCCUGGAAAGUACCUUCUUAAAGGGUGGCAGUGCAUUGACUCUGAAAACAAUCUAUGAAUCGUUAGCCAAGAGAUUAUCUGGAAAACUGCUGAUGGAGAAAGCUAAUUAUGAGAUAAAGAAAGAACUUGUUAAGCAGGGUGGACGAUUAGCUGCUGUUAACCUAGAGUCUAGAGUUGGCUUGCUUGCAGCUAAGCAGGGUUUGGCUCGUGCAGCGUCCAGAUAUGUUGGUCUUAGGAGUGUGAUGACUCUACUUGGACCAAUAAUGUGGGGUACACUCUUGGCUGAUAUUGUGGUUCAGAUGCUUGGGACGGAUUAUGUUAGGAUCGUGCAGGCAAUCUAUGCUUUUGCUCAGAUUCGGCUCACUCGGUCAUGUUACACAGAAUCUCAUGAAGAAUGACCAAAACACGAGCAUCGCUGCACAAAACCUAACUGGACUUUCUGCUCUCGUGCGAUCGUGCUCUGGUGCGUACGGCUCCAUAGUGUAUAUUCUGACCAGACAGAUCAUUAACCUGCAAAUUCUGCAGCAGUACCCCUCGAUAAGCUCUGCUGCUCUUGGUAGUGCAUAGAGAAUAGAGCAGUUGGCAGAUGCCAGGUUACGAGUACAUCAGUAGUUCGUCAUAGCUGUGAGAUUACGGUGUAGAUCUUAGGAAAAAAUAACGAUGUUAGGAUUAAACUGGUGUAGUACUUAACAAAGAGAUCACGAUGGCCAUUUGGACCACCUACUCUCCGAAGGCGGUAGUUGUGGAUGAAUAUACAUCCACUUCACACUUCCACGGGGGCCGAAGUUGUAGACCAUGCAUUCCAUUCUGUCCCGGUUAAACAAUGUAAAAAAAGGGUUCCCUUGACAUUAAACAACGGCACCCCUACCAUUCAGUUAGGCAAGGCA